AUGGAAGAAGCCCGUGCCGAACAAGGGCAGAGGCAGGGCGGCCACUACGUGAUGGCCCACUACGUCGACGAAAGCGGGAAGGCCGGAAGCAUUGCCACUGCAGCUUGCCCUCCAGGGGCAGGUCGGACCCGUGGCCGGACCUGUGGAGGAGCUGCCAUCCGCUUGAUCGAGGCGAAGCAGCAGGCCAAGGACAGCACCCAGCACUUGGAGGACACCCUUCUAUCAACCCACCCCCCCAAAAAACAAUGCAUGAAGCCAGGACCUGCGAACCUCGGUCUCGACGAUGCACCUCAUGGCGAAAAGCAUGGAGAGGUUGCAGAAGGAGCUUCUGCCUUGGCUGACGAGUGUGGUGCAGUUGCAGUGGUUGUGUUGGUUGCUGGCCGUGGUUAUCCUGACUCGAUGCAGGUGCCGCCGCAGCUUCCCGGCAUUGUUGGAAGCACCAUCUACAAAGACGAAGGUGUCUGGAUGUCCAUCAUGGCCGUGGACUCGUGCCACGAUGCUGUGCUGGGCAUUUUGCUCGCAAGCAGAGCAUACAACUUCGAAGCCGCACCUUUUAUCGUAAUCAUGGCCGUGGUCGCUCGACCGGACGUACAACAGCUGGAAGCGGCAUGGAGCGAGCCCAAUCAGCUUCUGCCGGGGAACGAGAAGUUCGAGCCUUUGGGAUUGUUGAAAUGCUAUCGUGUCCAUGUAGGACACGAUUAUUUUCCGCAUCAGGGAUAUGCUUGUUACCUGUCGAGGGAGCUGGGCCAGGGAGCUCGCCUUUGGCGAUGCGAGCGAGGUGGCCUCCUCAAGUGGAUGGUCACUCGGCCAGCUGAGGUCCGGGCCGUGGCAGUGUCCUUGACCGGCCGGCUGAGGUUUGGGUUUCUGGUUGAAAGUGUCGGCUGUGAGCACCGCCAUCCGGCACAGCAUGCUGGUGGCUGGUCGCAUCCAGUCGACACACGUGUUGAAGGUCAUGGGCCACAAGCUCCUUGGCCACGGCCGCAAGAUUUGGAGCUGCAGCUGGUCCAAGACCAUGGCAGCCAAGAAGCUGCCCAAGACACGGCUUUUUCGAAAGACGGACAACUUUUGAGGGAUUCCUGCUUUCCUCUCGCCAUGGCAGCCGCCUUCUUGAACCAGCUCCAUGACAUGCUCCACAAGCAGAAGCCGAUCAUGGGCGAUCACUUCGACGGCAUGCUUGCUGCACAGAAAGACUGUGCCGUGCGAGCCAUCUCCCAACACAAAGUGACCAUGCAAGAGGCCUCUGAGCUGUGCAGCUUGAUCCAGCAAGGGCCCUGGAACGAGAGCCAAAAAAAGGAGCUUGGAAAAGCAGUCUCCAACUCCGUCUCCUCGGGGAUGAUGGCUGCUGGCAAGAAGAAGAAGGGCAACCAGACCCAGGAAGUCGACAACUUCUUCUGCUUUUUGUCAGCUGAAGACAAGCAAGUCCUGGCCGAGGCCAGUGCUGGAGUGCACUCAAGGUGCAAUCAUAUCGCCGAGAUCAUGGAGAAGAUGGGCCUGUAUUGGCCAUCGGAGAAGGCGACAGGUCAUAUCGUCUCAACGAUGGCAACACUGCAGUCAGCUGGCCUUGAGUCUCCUGAUGAUUUUCACGGGGCUGUGAAGAAGCUGAAAACCAUCAUCAAAAGCAGGCUGAAAAAGAACAAGGAUGCCAAGGACAACGAAUUUGUGGCCGUGUGCAGUCACAAGUCCCUCAGCAGCAGCAGCAACAUCGUUGGCAACAACAUGAUGAAUCACAGCCUGAUGAAGAAGAUGAUGGCCGACGGCAACGGCAUGAGCAUGAUGGGACUGAUGAGCUGCAUGUCGACAUGCAUGCAGCAGUUUCAGCAGCAGCCCAACAGCUCGCAACUGCCAGGCUUCAAGUUGUUGGGAAAAGCCGGUGGCAACGAAUCCAGUCCAAAUCGGGCUACAAGCAUGAUGGCGACGACGAGCCCACCGCACGACUCUCCAGAGUCCAGCCAUCGUGUUUCAAGCCCGGUGCAGCCUCAUCAUCAGCAGCUUGCUGUGGCCGCCAGCCCGGUGCAGCCUCAUCACCACCAGCUUGCUGUGACCGCAAGCCUGGUGCAGCCUCACGAUCAGCAGCUUGCUGUGCCCAUGGCUGGGCAGGGGCCUGUGGGUCCGGCCGAGCAGGCUCGUCAGAUGCUUGCUGCAUGGAAUGCAAACAAAGCGGCAGCAGAGGGAGAUGAGGAAGAUGAGGAGACUGAGAAGCCCCGGAAAAAGCCUGCCGCAAAGCUCCAGCAGACGAAGAGUGUGCAGCCGAAGAAGAAGCCGGCAGCGAAGGCGAAGUCGCAGUCCCAGCCCAAGCUGAGCAUCAAGAUUCCGAGCAUGAGCAAGAGGUUGGAAUUGCGACCGAACGGCUGCAGCAAAUGCCGCAGCCGACCGGGCUGUUGUCCGUCGUGCUUCAAGAAGUGA